AUUGAGCAGGUCAUUGAUGGAGUGUCAGCUUCACUUGAAACAAACAACCACGAAGCUGUAAAUCUCGGCCUAACUUUUCUAUCAACCGUUCUUCAAAGACAACCGGCCACAAUGUCACUCUUCACAUCAGCAACUAGUGAGGGUCUGCAGAAGCUGCUUAUUCUAGUCCACACGGCUCUGCAGACUCCAGCCACAGUUCUUUCCUCCAUUACUACCCUCUCUUACCUGCUCUGCACACACCACCUACCACCAGGUUUCCACCUGUCGAACCUAUUGCCUCUUCUCUCCCUCCUUCUCCACCUUUUGGAGCUCCACGCACAAUCACCCACUGAAGACAGGGAUCUAAGUUCUAGCUCAACCCAACAAGGCUUGAUGCCUUCAGCCGUUGCGAUACAUCCACUACAGCUGCUCAGUUUAGUCCUAUCAACUAUGGAGAAUAUGCAUAAGGUUUGUUUGGAGGGGAAGAGAUCCAAUGGGGAAAAGUACUAUACUGUUUCUGAAGACGUCAUCACAUUUCUUUCGAUAAGCUUCGAACAAAACCUCGUGCCUGCUCUGCUGCUGAAGGCUGAAGUGCUUGAUCGCUGUGAGCCAUUUUCCGUGUUUUUCAACAUUGCGAAGAUCCAGCUUGACGGAGUGACAGAGCCACCCAACACUUUUCUUGCUCAGAAACUUGGUAACCUUGGAUUCAUCUACUUAGCAUUUGAUAUAAAGAGCAGAUUUUCUACUGCCCCUGGUGGGGCAUCCCUCUGCGGCUGUGUCAAUGAGUGUGUGGAAUCGCUGUGUGCAAGUCUUGAAUCAGACCCACAGGAAAGACUUUACAUCAGGGAGACCCUGCAUUCUGCACUGCCUCACCUCAACUGUAAGUGUACUGCAAUCUUGAUACGCUGUCAUUGCAUGCUUCUCCAACAAGGUGAGCUGGAAAAGUGUCUUGAGGUUUUGCUCCAGCGACCACCCCAUGGCUCUUCCGGUUGUACCAGUUCGUUGCCACAGCUUCAGAGAGCUGUGCUGACUCUGUUUUACCACACUGUUCACUCAAGUGCAAGGCAAGGAGUUCUAGUGGUGUAUGUAUGUAGUUACGUAUGUGAUUUCAAUUGCAGUGUAACUUCACCGGUGUUGGUGCUGCAAGCUCUGGACAAGUUCUUAGUCCUGAAUCCUGACGUCCAUUUGAUGCCGAUCCCCUCACUUACCCACCUCACUGCUCUUUACGCUAUGACAGUACAGGACACUGGAGUCACAUUGGUCAUGCCUACAAAAGCAACUCAAGGGAGUCAGAUUCUAGUGAGGGCUCUGUUGCGAGUGGCCAGCCCUGGCUCCCUAUUCUCUCCCAACCGCUACCUGCUACAGUGGGCCUUCUCCCAGCCAAUGCUGGAAGAUAUCACCAGAACCUGGUUCUGGGAGUGGUUGAAGGGUACAUGUGCCAAGGACGACAUUGACAGUGAUCUUGAGCUGACUGCUGGCUGCGAGGAAUGGUCUGUCAUUGUGCAGUUCAUCAGGACGACACCUACCAGCCUUGAUAUACUAUUGAAUGUGUCAACUGAGGAAGAGCUUACUCCCCUGAUGAUUUCCUUUCUCGACCACCUUCUCUCAGAGCAGCAAUGUAUCGACAGCAACAGUUCUCGCAAAGUGUUUAGCUACGUUCAAAAGUUUCUAUUGGCUCAGAGGAUUCGCCCACUAUCAGACGGUGCCACGGCGUCACUGAUGAAGCUACUAGCAAAAAGCAUCCACUCUACUUUACUGGCUCCCGAUCUCAAGUUGGUCUACCACGCCACCAACUUUGUAGCAAGGUGUUGUUCUGAAUCUAUUGCAAGUGGUACAGCCUUACUCUGUGGGAUUCUUAACGACUCAAAGGAAGUAAGCUCGCAAGUUCUCGGUCUGCUACAAAACAAUACGUCUUUCCUUGAAAGGGUUGUGUCAUGUGUGCCUGCAUCAUCUAAGCCAAAGGACCACAGCAUGGGGUCUGCCAAUGCACUGAGGCUAAUAGCCAGUCUUAUCUAUCACCAACACAAGACUAAGAUAUCUUGCAGCCAGUCUGGUGGAGUUGUCCCUCUCCAGGCAACUCUAACCACACUAAUCCACCACUCACCAACCAUAAACUUGUCGGGAUUGUAUUUCUGGCGUGUGGUACUCUGCACUGGAGCUUACACUGGCAGCUUCUUACUGUGUGACUCUAACAAGAGGGUAUCGCUAGGGCACGAUGUACAGCUAGUGAAAAAACUGUGCUUUCUCUUACAAAACUGCCUGGUUAAGGACAACAAAGCAGUGAGGGAAGCUUGUGCUCUGUGCCUAGUUCAGCUCUUCAAAUACAUUACUACAGGAGAAGGAGAUAGACUAGGACAGGGCAUUGGUUCCACGUGGAACAGAGUCAUUAUCGACCACAUAUCAACAGUCUCAGUUAACUCACAUAUUCCGGUCUAUUACCUCCCUUGUCUAGAGACUAUCAUAUGCCAGACACCUCCAACCCAUUCUGCUCAGUUGAAAGAUAUCGCCCAACUUCUCUACGAGUCAGCUGUGAAUUCUACAGACGCAACUCCAGUCAAAUAUGCCUCAUGUCUGAAUGAAGUCAAAAAGAUUGACAAGACCCUAUUAGACGUAAAUCAGUGGACACAUUUGAACAAAUUUGUCCCACAAAUCAGUCAGUCUUAG